UUAAAAAUAUGUUAUUAAAUUUUUCCAAAAGACGAAAUAGCUGUGAAGUAAUGGUGUUUUCAGCUUUUCUGGCUUUUAAGAAAUAAUUUCUCAAUAAAUAUAUAUAAGUAUCUACCUACAUUAGCAUUCGUCAUCUCAUGAAAAAAAGUAUAUUAUUUAAUUCAACACGUAAACGUGUACUUUGACGUUUUUAAACAAUUUUAACCUAGGUCAUUUUUAGCGAGUACCUAACCUAUCCAAUAUCUAUCAUUUAACCAACUUUGGUUGGAUGUUUUGUUGGUUGCAUAGAGGUAUGGAAGAGUUAGAAAACGCACUAAAUUCAAGCAAUCCAAUUUUAAUUGCACAAAUAUUUUCAAAAAUCAUAAAAAAUAUAAAGGAGAAAUAUAAAGUUGGAAAUAAAGACAGCACGGAAUUAAAAUUCCUAAAAAAUAAAUGUUUGGUACAAGAUCCUUCGAUAAAUGAAGUUGCAGGCAUAACAAUAAUAAAUUUAGUUAAGGAUGGUACUCUACCAAUAGACACAACUCUCGCAGAUUUUAUUACAUCAAUUCCUCUUACAAAGUGUUAUAAAUCUUUGAUCAACAUUAUAGGAAAUCUUUUGUGCUUUGAAAUGGCAGCUAAAAUUGAUAUACAUAAAACAUGCAUUAAUGAAUAUAAUUUGUGGUUGCCGCAACAUCCUUAUAUUACAAUCCUAAAUGAAAACCCUGAUGUUUGGAAUCAUGUGCUCAAUGAAAUCAGGUGUGUCAGUGAUAAGGAAAAUAGUGAAUAUGUUACUGAAAUUUUUCGGCCAGUUUACUUGUAUGCUUUAUGUAAUCCAGUUCCAAGCAGCAGAUAUUUAUUGAAGCAGAAUAUUUGGAAUUUUAUACUAAGUAGGAAAAACCUGGACAAAAGAAUUCUCUUUGAUAUAUUUGGAUUAAUGCAAGUGGAAACAAAAAAUAAUUUAGAAGCAAGUAGUGAAUUAUUAAGUGAAGCACUUAAUGUUGCUUCCUACCAAUCGGUAUACAAUUUAGAGAUAAUUAUAUUGUGGCAAACUUCUGUUUUGUAUAACCUUGCAUUAAAUAAACUUGAUCUACGAUUAUGCAUUUCUUCUUUGAAACGUAUUGUAAAAGACAUUGAUCAUAUAGCAACAAUUAAUUGUUUAUUAUUAAUUCUAACAAAAACGCUUCCAAUAUGUUCUUCAGUUUAUCUAUUGGAUCUUUUAAAUUUGUGUAACUUUUUAUUGUCCUAUGGUGGAAAACAGACGUAUAUUCUAGAGUCACUAAAGGCAUCACUUUUACAAUGGUUAGCAGGCCCAUCAAUAUUAACAGCAGAUGCUAAUCAAAUUGCACAGAAAAUGUUUAUGUACAUAGAAAUGUACAAUGACUCGUUUAAAAAUGAUUUGGAUUUUGAAACCUUCGUACACAAAAAUAAACGACUUAUCAGUACUAAUAAAACUGUGUUUGCAUCAAUAGAAAUCUGCCUACUUCUGACACAUCUCAAAGAAGAAAAUAGUUUACUAAAAUGGAUUGCAAGUGUUGAACGAGGCCCUCCUUGUUUAACUACAGACUUAUAUAACUUUCUAUGUGGUUUAUUUUUAUCAAAUAUACUUCAAUCAGAUGUAGUAAUAAGGAUUUUUGAACUGCUUCUGAAGAAUGUUGAAGCUAAUAACAUGUUGUCAACUCAGUUACUUACACUGAUUUUAUACAAGUUGUCUAACACGACAUGUCCAAAACUACACUUCAUGCUGUUGAAAGCAUUUCCGAAAAUGGUAAUGUUGAGGGACAAUAUACCUAAAGUUAUGGGUGUGCUUCAGACUUUAAGCAAAACUUCAGUAGAUCUGUAUAACUUCAGUCUAUCUUUAACGUUUGAGGUCUGGAAAGCGGAUAACAAAUGUUACUCUUAUUUGGAAAAUAUGCUCAUACAUAGUCGCUUUCCAGAGAAAAAAUGGGAUACGUAUGUUACAAAAUCCUUUAUUUUAAAGGAACUGUGUGAGAGAAAACCAGAACUAUAUGGAAAAGAAAUAGUUGCCCAUUUAUCAAAAAUACUAAACGAAUGUAACGACAAUGAUGGUUCCUUGCCUUGUGCUAUAGCUAUAGACGGAAUUAGGAUAUUAUGUAAAUCUGAAGUAAUCGAUGCUGUCACCACUUGGACAACAUUAGCUCCAAAAUUCAAAAACGAUGCUAGGGUUCCGGUUAUUAAAAGUUUAUGUUCUCUAUUACACGAAAUCCCCCAUCUACCAUAUGCUGAAUCCAACGUGGCAUUACAAGAAGAGAUAGUAAAAACAUUAUGGGAUUAUGUCCAAAUUGGUACUCCAGAAAUAGCUGAAGCAGCGCUAAACAGUUUAACUUCUUUCAGUUUAGAACAGAUAUGUUCUCAGUUGCCAGAACAAUAUUUAGAAAAUAAUACAAUCCAAGAAAGAAAAAGGACUGCAGUAGGAAUUCCACAAACGGUUCCAGGAAAUACCUGGGUAAAAUUUCUCAUUGAAAACAGAGCAUAUAAAGAAGCAGGUGAUUUUAUAAUAAAAAUGAUAUCCAUAGAGGUUGCAGGAUAUUUAAAAUAUGUGUAUCAGGUUAAAGGGCAUAGGGAACCUAUAAACUACGACUAUUUGCCCACUCAUAGUAUUGUGAGAGGAAUUGGAGAGUUUAUAAAGACAUGGGCAACUAAAUGGAAACACAGCAUUCAUGACCUUCUGUACAUUGAAUGUCUAAGAAUAUUUAGCAAGGAAUACAGUAAACCAUUACCACCAUUGGACUGGUGUUUUCUACAAGAAUUAUUACAUGAUAGUAGAAUAAAGAAUUACUGUAUAGACAUUGCAUCUCAUCAAGCAAUACUAUCUGGUACAGCUCGUCGGCUUGUAGAAAAUUAUAUUGUGGCUGUGACAGAAAAUCUACAGGACGAUGAUAUUAUGAACGUGCUGAGGAAUUUUAAAUACCUAGCAAAUAGCAUUCAACCAUUAAUCUUGAAACCAUUUUUUGAAAAAACGAUAGCGUUCAGUAUUGGCAAAUAUGUGAGUGGAGACAAGAGUUUACUAGAAAAGAUAUUAGAAUUCAUUAAGGAAGUUCUUCAAAAUCCUGAAAUACAAGAAACUAACAAGAUAACAAUUGCAGACGUUUUAAAUGAUAGAAUUCUUAUUGUAGACAUAAAAUCUGAGUUAUUUGACAUACUUCUGAAAUGUGUAAUCAUGUUACCAAAAAAAUGUGUUGACGAGAUAACAAAUCUAAAAUCUGACGUGUCCAAAGAGUGGUUAGAAAAAGUAACAAAAAUAAGGUGUUCUAUUGCCUCAAAUACAAAGGUUGCACCCUUACUUUGGUUAAACGAAGUUAUUGAAGUUUCUAGUUCAAUCGAAAGAAACAACUUCAUUGUUAAUGAAUUUGUCAAAGUAUUUAGAAAACAUGUAAAUAAUCCAUCAGAAUGUGCGCUAUGGCUUUUAGAAUUAAUAGGACAGAUUCAAUCAAAUGUAGCAGAAAGAUGUGAUGAAGGACAAAUGUCGUAUUAUUUUGAUUUGCUUAUUUUGACUAUAGUAGAAUUUUCCGGAUAUUCAACCUUUCUAAUAAUAGAUGAAAAUCUUGAUCAUGAUGUAAGAAGAAAAGAAUUAUUUCCACAAGCAUUUAAUGCUUUAUUAAGCAUGAAUGACUGGAGUGUUUGCACUACUCAGGCAUUGGAAUGGUUAUUUCAUAUGAAUGCAGAAGAAACAGUUCCAAGUGAAUACAGAAAUUUAUUUGGAUUAACUUUAUGGUCUCUGAGACAUGAUGAGGAAUUUUUAAAAAAUUUGAGAUGGAUGAAAUAUUUAAGUAGCAAGGCAGUUGUCGAUAUCAUUUAGGGGAAAAUAUUUAAUCAAUUCUACAAUGUUUUAGAUGAAAUCAUAUUUUAUAUAAAUAUCACUAGAUAAAUCCUUUCAUUCUUCUUAGCUGAGAAAAUAUGUAUUAGUGACUAUUACAAUUUCAGUCUAUAUAAAUGAUUUUUUUCCAGUU